AUGAUCCGCUUCAUCCUCGUCCAAAACCGUCAGGGCAAAACACGACUCUCCAAAUUCUACGUCCCCUACGACGACGAAGAGAAGAUCCGUCUCCGAGGCGAGGUUCAUCGUCUCAUCGCGCCGAGAGAUCAAAAGUACCAGAGCAACUUUGUCGAGUUCCGGAACUACAAGUUGGUGUAUCGAAGAUACGCAGGGUUGUUCUUCUGCGUAUGCGUGGAUGCGAACGAUAACGAAUUGGCGUAUCUCGAAGCGAUACACCUGUUUGUUGAGGUUUUAGAUGCAUUCUUUGGCAACGUAUGCGAGUUGGACCUGGUGUUCAACUUUUACAAGGUCUACGCCAUCCUGGACGAGGUGUUUUUGGCAGGAGAGAUCGAGGAGACUUCGAAACACGUCGUUCUAGCGAGAUUGGAUCAGUGUAAGUUCCUUCCCUUCAGCCGAGACCGAGCAGGGCGGAUAUGCUGA